AUGCGAGUUAGACAUCUCCAAACUCAUCUGCAAGAGCAAAAUUUGGUAAACACCGGAAAGCUUUCGGAGCUUCGGCACGUGCAAGUGGGGGUCGAUGCCGUGUUCUGGCUCCGCUCCAUUCAGGCCUUGAAAGAUCCCUUCGCAGAUGCUCUCGGCGGAAUCCCGCCCGGCAUCUUCGGUUUCGUGGACAAGGAGCUGGAGGCGUUCAGAGAGGCUGGGAUCAAUCCGAUCUUCGUCUUCCAGGGCGUGGCACCGGGCCCCCAGCACUCCAUGUUUGUUAGCCGCAUGGACCAUCAGAUGGACAUGGCGUGGAAUUGCCUGGCACAAGGGGAGAAGUCGCAGGCGCAGAAGUGCUUUGCCGUCUCCACGAGCCGAAUCAAUGGCGACUUCGUCUAUUUCAUCUUCCACCACUUGAGGCAGAAGGGCUACGAGUGUUUCCAAGCGCCCUACUUCGCUGGGGCCCAGCUUGCUCACUUUGCUGAGCAGGGUGUCGUAGAGACUGUUUUCGGUCCUCCGGGCCUUCUUCUUUAUGGAGUGAAGAGUGUGAUCAUCCAUCUCACCUUCCCUCAGAACACCUUUGACUGGGUGGAUCUGGACAGCGUGCUUGCAAAGUGGAACUUAGGUUGGGAUGAGUUCGUCGAUGCUUGCAUGCUGGCAGGGACGGAGUAUUGUCUCACGUACCCUUACCUCAAUUUGGGCGGGGGCGGCGUGCCAUCCGUUCAGCCUGCUACGCAAGCCCGGUUUAACUUCGAGGCGGCAGUGUACAUUAUUAAGCAGGCGCCGCUGAUCAACUGGAUGCAGACAUUUCCUACGGAGGAGAUGAAGACGGACCAUGCGGACGGCUACUGCAUCUGCAAGGUGUUAGUACAAAAUUCGCCAGUCCUCCAUCUGCAGGAUCACGCGAUUCGGCCGCUUGGUGCCUGUAGACCCGGCGGUUCUCCGCCACCAAUUCCUGGCGACUUCUCCCUCAUCAUGGGUGCAAAGUUGCCACCAAGCUUGUAUUACCUGAUGCUGCACGGCGUCAUCUCGCACAAACUGCCGCAGGCGUUAGCCAAAGGCGAGUGGACGGACAAGUCGCAACCGCUGGUUGACACUUCGGAGUUCCGCGGGAUCCUAGGGGACCUGCAGGAAUACAGGAAAGUCGCCCUGGGUUUGAUCGCGCAGCAUUUGCAUCGUAGCUUCCACAACAAGAACAUCUUGUGCAAGGCUUUCUGGGAGUCUGGUCAGGUCCGACAGGCGCUGAGCAGCGACGCCAAGCUCCCGAAGGAGGCGCGGCUCAUUCAGCCUGAGAUCAGUCAGGGACUCUGCUGGAGGAUUAAGGCGAAUGCAGUGAAAGCGGAGAUGGCAAGACAGGGAGUCGACAAAGUCGAUUUCAAGUUUUGCCUGACCUGGCAUGCCCACGAACCUUUGGCUGCAGGGCUUACUGAUGAGAGUUCAGGGUCUCGGGCCGUAGAGUAG